AUGAUUAGCAAAGAAAAAUCAGCUGUCUUCUUUUCAAAGAAAAUUCCAAUAUGGUGGAAGCGGAGUCUUAUAAGAUUAACGAGAUUUGUGGAGGGAGUUUUCCCGGUCAUUUACUUAGGUGUCCCGCUCAUUUCUGGGCGUUUAACGAUUAGAUCCUUGGAACCUUUAGUUCAAAAAAUAAAAAAGGAAGGUGGCUGGGUGGAAGUUAAAGCUGCUCUUGCAAGGUGGUCGUCUAAUUCUUUAAGGCAUGUUCUCACUUGUAUGGUGACUCAUUUGUUGGUGGUAUUAGACAUUCCGAAGGCAGUCCACAAGAAUAUGAAUUCUAUCCUCUCAACGUUCUUUUGGGGUGAGAUAAAUGGAAAGCCGAAAGUGAAGUGGUGCUCGUGGUCUAAGCUGUGCAAGCCCACUAGUGAGGGUGGUUUGGGUGUUUGUGAUUUUGGUGAAGUUCAAAAAUCUCUACAUAUGAAAUUUGCAUGGAGACUCAUGACUUUAGAUAAUCUUUGGACAAAAUUCUUCCGUGCUAAAUAUGUGAAACAAGGACAUAUCUCUAUGGUGGUUCCUAAAGACUCGAGUUCUCGUUUUUGGAAAUCAGUUAUGUGGGUUUUACCUCAGGUGACGGAGAAUGUGCAGCUGAAGGUAAAGAAUGGCAAAGGUUCGUUUUGGUUUGAUAAUUGGUUGGCUAGUGGCCCGCUUUGUCUACAAUUUAACAAUAUUCAAAACCCUCUGCUUAAUAUUAAAGAUGUGUAG